AUGUGGCUGCGGUCGUACUUCCACGUGAAGAGCGUCUUCGCGGAGGGCGACUGGGUCAACUUGCCGGCUUAUGAAGCCGGCCCGCCGGCUGGGAGGUGGCCCAACUGGUCGUACCGGGCCAAGACGCUGUCGCCCUCUAGGGCCGCCGCCAUUGCGCGGCUCCGAUUCGGCCUGUCCGACCUGACCAAUCGGCCUUUGAACAGAGCCCCCUCCUCCAGCCGGCAGCCGGCGCCGCGGGGCCAGAGCGCCAGCGGCUCGAGGCUCGGAGCCAGCCUCGAGGAUUGGCCUGACGACGACGCGGGGGAGGUCGCCCCGUCCCACCAGCCAGGAGCCGGCCAACCGGGCGCGAGCUCGUCUGCCGCGCCGGAUGCCCAAGGCGGCGCGAAGAAACGUAGGGCCGCGCUGAGCUUGUUCGGCAGCCGGCCGAAGAAGCCUAAGGGCUCGUCCGCGGCAACCCAGCGGGAUGAAGCGGCCGCGAAGGCCAUUCGCUUCCGCAAGACGGUGAAGGAGCCGGCUCCGCUCUCUCUUGAGAAAUCGGCCGCCGCCUCCAUUGUGGGGUCGGUGGAGACCUCCACGACCACUCGGCGGAUUGAUCCGGCCGCCGACCUCCGGGAGGUGAGGCAGCGGAAUGCGCAAGAAGCUCGCGAGGAGCAGGAAGCUGCCCGCGUGGAGAAGGCGGAGGCAGAGAAGGCGGAGGCCACCGCCCUGAAGAAACUGGUGAAGGCCGAGGCAGCCGACGCGGCGAAGAAGCAGGCUGAAGAAGCCGCGCACCGCCAGUCGGCGAUUUUUAUCACUCCUCUGAACUCCGCGCCACCACCUCCGAAGUUCGUGGCGCAGACUGGGGAGGCCGGUGAUGAGCACCCGGUCUAG